AUGCGCUCUGCCAUGGCUCCCCUUCUUGCUUUGUAUAAUCCAUGGGCGCUGCACUGCCUAUCUCUCCCGACCGCCGCUUUACUUACCACCUUGCCGAAGCGCCGACGUACGAACGUGCACACUUACGACUCCGAUGCGUCCUUCACUGCCAAAGUUGAAAGCGAAGACUACGACGACGACGUCUUCGAUACGAAGGAUCAGAAAGGUGGCUCGGGCACCGACGCAACCGAUAUCGACGAUCUCUGCGAUGACGAUUUGAAUGUCGAAGAUAAAACCAGGCUCUUUGAUGGCAGUAUUUACCCUGGGACGACGGUGCUUCUCGACGCCGUGGAGGAGCAGUGGCGCCAGUUCUGUUGUGUUCUCAAGCGCGACCCACAAGAUUGCUACGCAAAGAUCUCGCUCGGCCUCAUGUACAAUUUCUUCGACUGGGUCCUGAGUCAGAAGGUUGGCAAGGAUGGUAGGAAGAAACGCGGAACCAAGAAGAAGAGCUCUCUAGGCACAUACUGGAAGGUCUUUCGGCUCGUCUUCGACAGAGCCGUGGGUGAAAAGAUCAACCAGAAGCUGAACCGCAGCAUGCACAGAGCAAGUUUCUCCCACACACAACAACAUCAGCGCUCCUACUGA